GAAGAGGAAGAGGAGAAAGGAGAGGGAGAGGGCAAGGAGAGGAUAGUGCAGGGGACGGCGAAAGGUUAACAAGUUCAGGAGUCGUCACAGCUCCUGCAUGGUUUUGUGGGCUUGUUCGCCAGGACCGUUAGAGCGCGGGGGCAAAUUGAAGGAGGAGGACGAACGAAAAGGGUUCAAUUGCGCUUGAGGUUGGGAGGAAGAAGGAGAAUCAAAGCAGAAAGUUGAAACAUCUUGUUAAAUCAGUGCUUGCAUUGAGAUCGAAGUGGUAGUCUUGUCGCGGUAGGGGCAUGCGGGCCGGCUGGAAGGAUCUCCCGUCCUUGUGAGGGCUUGUUUGCGAGAGCUAGAUCAACGUCGACAUCAUGAGCAGCGAUGAGACCACGAGCGAGCAGCCCGCGCGGCCCAUCAUCACUGAGAAGUACAAGCUACUGGGCAAACUCGGGCAGGGGAACUACGGGCACGUGUACCUGGCGCAGGACCUGGAGACGAACGAGAAGGUGGCAGCCAAGGUUCUCUUCAAGAAGCCUUACUGGAGCGCGACCGAGUUCCAGACGCGGGUGGCAAAGGAGGUGACGGCCCUGCAGCAGGUGCAUCACAGGAACAUCAUCAAGCUGUUGAAUCACUUCCGAGAUGAGAACGACGAGCGGUACUGGGUCAUCAUGAAGCUCGCCACGGGAGGAGAGCUCAUGGACAGGAUCCUGCACAGGUUCGAGAACGGGAAGGGAUACACGGAGGCGGAAGUGAGCAGGAUCAUCAGCGAUGUCCUGUCUGCCCUGAAGCACAUGCACGACCGGCGGAUCGUCCAUUGCGAUCUCAAGCCGGAAAACAUCCUCUUCGAAACGCCAGACGAGGACAGCAACCUCUGCAUCGUCGACUUGGGCUUCGCUUCCCUCUGCGAGGACGGGGAGUUCCUUUCCAAGUUCCAGGGCACGCUGGACUACAUGGCGCCGGAGCUGCUGGGACGAGGGCAGAGACGGUACAACGCCAAGGCCGACGUGUGGAGUGUGGGAUGCUUGCUGUACGUGCUCCUGUCGGGAGCUCUUCCCUUCCGCAGGCGAUGGUCGGACUGCGACGCGAGGACAGCUGACAUCCGAGUGCGGGACCUGAUCCUCAAGGGGCAGGUAGACACUGAGAGCGGGCCCUGGCAGUCAGUCGCUCCUGCAGCGAAGCAGCUCGUGAUCUUGAUGCUCUCUAAGGACCCUGAGCGCCGCCCGAGCGCUGCCGAGUGCCUCGAGAACGAGUGGCUG